UGUCUGCGUUCGACAACAUGCGACAGCAAUCGAUUAUUGCCUUUCUCGUAUUGUUCACUCACGUCUGGUGUAACGAUGACAACGUGGAUUUCGGACGGUUGCCGUGCGACACUGUACCGGAAAGGUACACGCUGAGCUUAGAGCCGGACUUUGAUGUGAAAAACCCUUCGUUCGCUGGCCGAGUGAAUAUUUCGAUCGCGGUGAAGACCACCACGGACGAGAUCACGUUUAAUUCCAAAGACUUGGUGUUGCACGAAAUCGGGUUAACGGGCGAUAACACCAACAGCGACGACUCUUGGAAGUACGCGGUGGACCGGCAACAAGUAAGAGUCAAAGCGAACAGACGUAUUUUGGAAAAACGAAAAUACACCAUACAUAUUCGUUUUAGCGGCUUUUUGAACGACGACGCAUCCGAUAUUUUCUACAGCUCUUACAAUGCCUAUCUGCUUUUCAAAAAGCGAGUGGCUACUAACAACCAAUUACUACAGUCCACACACGCAAGAAGUGUUUUUCCUUGUUAUGAUGAACCACGUUUUAAAACACCAUUUAACAUGUCAAUAAAAAUUAAAAGAAACGAAAUCGCUUUGUCAAACACUCCAAUUUUGAACACAGUCAACAUAGAUGAACCCGUUAUAGAUGACCCAACUCAAUACAAAAACAGAACUUGGGUUCAUUUUAUUCAAACACCGCUAAUUUCGACGUCUAUGGUUGCAAUUUUUGUUGGUAAACUCAAGCAACUCGAUAAAUCCCGUCGAAACUUAAUGAUUAAUGCGGACAGCUUAUAUUUGGAUAGAUACAUAAUGAAAAAUUAUCCUGACCAAUUGAACGCGAUAAAAAAUGACAGGGUUGUCGUUAAUGCUAUAGAAUCAUCAACAACAUACUAUAAUGCAACGACUGAACUCACUGAAUCCACCACUGAUCCUGUUACUACAAACUCGUCAUCGGCGUCCUAUAAUGCAACGACUGAACUCACUGAAUCCACCACUGAUCCUGUUACUACAAACUCGUCAUCGGCGUCCUAUAAUGCAACGACUGAACUCACUGAAUCCACCACUGAUCCUGUUACUACAAACUCGUCAUCGGCGUCCUAUAAUGCAACGACUGAACUCACUGAAUCCACCACUGAUCCUGUUACUACAAACUCGUCAUCGGCGUCCUAUAAUGCAACGACUGAACUCACUGAAUCCACCACUGAUCCUGUUACUACAAACUCGUCAUCGGCGUCCUAUAAUGCAACGACUGAACUCACUGAAUCCACCACUGAUCCUGUUACUACAGACUCGUCAUCGGCGUCCUAUAAUGCAACGACUGAACUCACUGAAUCCACCACUGAUCCUGUAACUACAGACUCGUCAUCGGCGUCCUAUAAUGGAACGACUGAACUCACUGAAUCCACCACUGAUCCUGUAACUACAGACUCGUCAUCGGCGUCCUAUAAUGCAACGACUGAACUCACUGGAUCCACCACUGAUCCUGUUACUACAGAUUCGUCAUCAGCAUCCUAUAAUGCAACAUUGGGUAUAACUGAAUCCGCCACUGAGAUAUCGGAACCUUUUGAGCUUACUACCAAUUAUAGUACUUUGAAAAAUAAUCCAAGCACUACAGAAUAUGACAUCACAUCCGAUAUUUCAAAAUAUACUACUUCCCAACCAUAUUAUGAACGCUCAUAUAUUUUGUAUAAUUCUAUUUUCAUAAGUGUAAUAAUACAUUUCGGCAUUAUAAUAGGUUCAGUAUUUUUAUUUAGUAAGAAAAUAAAAACAAAUGUUUACAAUAAUGAUGUAAAUAUUUCUGUUCACAACGCGUUAUUAAGUCAACUUGAAAAGCGUAAUGACACAAGGUCACAGAUUUCCAACGCAUGUAUAGAUAACCAAGCAUUUGUUGAGGAUAUCCUCACUAUAGUGUUGUUUGAUGUCAUUAUAUUACUCGUAUUUGCGUUUCGACUCAUAGCCAAACGGUCGCUUUUGUCACGCGACGCACCAGUUACACGUAUAUUUUGUCCGAACGCUGUUGAUUUGUUCGCUGUACGCGCGAUGUUGUGGGUGACGGUGGUUUUCAUCGUAGUUUCCUCGCUCGUCCGGGGCUACGAUGGCCGGACCGUGGAUUCCGGUCGGUUACCGGGUGACACGGAACCGUGGUCGUACGCGUUGAAAAUAGAACCGAACCUCGAAACGGAAAACGCUUCGUUCGCUGGCAGAGUGGAUAUCACGGUCGCAGUGAAGACCACGACCACCGUGAUCACGUUAAACUCUAAGGACUUGGUAUUGCACGAGGUCAGGGUGACAGACGAAAUCACCGGCAGGGACAUCAGAGUGCGCUCGUGGAGCUACGAGGAAGACCGGGAACAAGUGAUUAUAUCGAUGGAAGGGCACGUCUUGGCCAAUAGAGUAUACACGAUUCGUAUACGAUUCGAAGGCAUUCUCAGGGACGACGGAACAGGGUUUUUUAAAAGCGCUUAUGAAACCGAAUCGGAUGGAAAAAAGUGGAUAGCUGCUACUCAGUUUCAAACCACGAUGGCCAGAAGUGUGUUUCCUUGUUACGAUGAACCACAUUUUAAAACACCUUUUAAUAUAUCAAUUAAAGUUAAAGAAGAAGAAAUAGCUCUAUCAAAUAUGCCAGUUUUAAAUAUAGAUUAUGUAUACGAGGGGCUCGGCAAUGAUUCGUCUAAAUAUCAAAGUAUGAAAUGGGUUCACUUUGCACGGACGCCAAGCAUGUCCACGUGCUCGGUCGCGUUUUUCGCCGGUGAAUUCGAACAAUUCGACAAAAACCGCCGGAGCGCAAUCAACGUAUACUCUCAUUUGGGCCGUUUGUAUCAGAUCGAGUACAUUACGAAAGAGGCGCCCGACCUUUUGAGAGCCAUGGAAAACUACACGGGCAUACCGUACGCUAUGCCCGAACUGAACUUAUUAGCCAUGCCAACACUAGGCUUAGGGCAAUUCGACAAUUGGGGGUUGACUGCUUACCGAGAGAAAACGCUUUUCGUCGACUUUAAAUCGAACUCUAAGACGAUAAUGUCGGCGAAGAUGGCGGUAGGACGUGCUAUGGCGAAUCAGUGGUUUGGCAAUUUGGUGACGCCGACUCGAUGGGACUUCGCGUGGAUGAAUAAAGGGCUUGCCGCUUAUUUGCAAUACUUUGUCACCGCGACGGUGGAACCGGAAUGGCGACUUGAGCACUUUUUCGUCGUCGACAUGCAACGGCCUGCCAUGGAUUACGACCAAAUUCAAAGACAGCCUUUGACCGCGCCAGCAAUCGUACCAGGAGACGUGGACUAUUCCCCGGCCGACAAAUUUUCCGAACAGAAGUCCGUGGCGGUCAUGAGGAUGCUCAGCGACUGGGUGGGGGAAGACGUAUUUAAAAAAGCCAUUAAUGCGUACUUGACGCAUAACCAAUAUAGUGCAGUAAGACCGGAACAACUGUGGAGCGCGUUCGACAAUACGCUAAUCGAUAUGACAAAGUCCGGCUUAAACGGCAACAGCGUUCGCACUGUGAUGAAUACGUGGACGGAACAAGACGGAUAUCCCGUGGUGAACGUCAAGAAAAAAGACAAAUCACUCGUCUUAACUCAAAAACGAUUUUUAUCCGGUUUCACUGAAUCGGACGACACAACCAAGUGGUUUAUUCGUUUGAGUUACACGACGAAUAAAGAAAAAAAUUUCGACACCAAGUCCGCACCAACCAUUUGGUUGGACCCGUCGGUAGACGAAACGACUAUUCCGAUCAACGAUGACGUCGAAUGGUACAUUUUCAAUAUACAAUCCACAGGUUUGUACAGGGUGAACUACACGGAAGACAAUUGGCUGUCGUUGAUCAAACAGCUAAACGAUUCGCCUAAAGACGUACACGUUCUCAACAGAGCCCAGCUGAUUGACGAUUCGUUCAGUUUGGCGAAAGCGGGUUUGCUGGAUUACACGAUACCGAUGAGCAUCGCAGAGUAUCUGAAAAAGGAAGAUGACGUCAUACCGUGGUUCUCAGCCAUGAAGAGUUUCGACUACGUUAUAAACCGUAUGAGACGUUACAGAAAUGCGUACGUCGAUGUCAAGGCCUAUUUCUUUAACCUGGCCGACGAUGCGUUGGAAAUAAUAAACGAUCUGGUCGCCGGACAAAAAAGUCCACAGCAUCCCACCGUUAUCGGCUGGAGUGCGUUAUCGACGUGGGCGUACAAGUUGGAAGAAAACCCGUGUUGCAGUCGGGCGGCGUUGGAACAUUUUCGGAGAUGGCGAAACGGCGAAGAAAUAUCGGCCGACGUCAAAGACGCUGCGUUCUGUGUCGGAGCUCAACAAACCUACAGCUCAUACCAUUUGGACAGACUUUUAAACCUGUACAAUACCACCAAAUCGUAUUCGGAAAGAGGAUCAGUGAUAAAAGCGCUGUCUUGUGCCGACAUAACGACACUCAUGACAUAUUUGACGUUAAUAAUGGAGAACAAUUGUCCAAUCGCACCGAGUGAUUACGAGGAUUUCUUUAAUGCCCUGUCUUCGACGCUCAACGGAAUAACAGCUAUGAAUUAUUUUCUUGGCAAAUAUUCUACAGACCUCGUCAACAACGUAAAAGAUGGUCAAAAUAUAGCUAAGACUAUGUUCUCUAUAUUAGCUUCGAAGGUUUCCACGAAGAGUGAAAUCGAAAAUAUGAUGGAAAUGGCGUUCGACAGCAAUACGCCCGAUGAGUAUAGAAACAAACUUGUUCCAGUGUAUCAGAAUGAAAUUGAAGACUACGAAAAAUGGUACGACAAUGGUAGACCAGAAACGAUAUGGAUGCACAUAAACCCUUUGACGAAAGGUUUGCCGCUGAAUCCAUCGGAUCGGUAUACGACUUCGCGGAGCCCGACGAAAGAUGACGAUUCUAGCGCUUCGUCGAGAUUGUAUAACUAUGCCAUUAUUUUUCAGAUUUUAGCACUGUCUGUUUCAGUUAAAUUACUUGUUAACAUAAUCUAAAUAAACCUUAAUCAAAUGUGUGCACUACAUUAUGAUCUUGUCUAACGAUAAAUAUGUAUAAAUAUGUAUUUUCACAAAUUAUUUUUUUUUAUCGAAGUGAAAAUUAUAUAAUAAUAAUUGGGUUUUGCGUCA